AUGCUGUUCUCUUGGAUUUUUAUCUCUUACUUUCCACAGAUUCCUAUUCCUGUGUGGUCCUACAGCAGCACUGAGUGCUUAGUCAGAAUGCAUUACCAUUUAAAUAUUAAAGGAAAUGUGGUGAUUGUUGGGCUUUUCCCUGCUUAUACUGCCUACCCACUCAACAAAACAACUGAUUGGAGAAUGGCUAAAUUCACCAGAGAUUUUAUGAUCGAGUUUAAGCUGAGGAACUACCAGUGUAUUUUGGCCAUGAUGUUUGCCAUUGAGGAGAUCAACAGCAGUCCCUAUCUUUUACCCAACACAUCCCUGGGAUUCGAGGUCUACAAUGUCCCACAUGGUCAAAGGCACACUCUGGCCAAUGUUUUUGUCUCAUUUUCAGGCACUGUUUAUGCCAACAUCAACUACAGAUGUUCAAGAGACAGCAUGCCAGUUGCUGUUCUUACGGGCCCAUCAUGGGCUCUAUCUGAAAAUAUAGGGACACUGCUGGAUCUUUACAAAUUUCCACAGCUUACAUUUGGGCCUUUUGACAGCGCCCUGAGUGAAGGAAGACGAUUUUCAUCCUUGUACCAGGUGGCCCCGAAGGACACAUUUCUGACACUUGGCAUUGGAUCUUUGAUGGUUCAUUUCCACUGGACCUGGGUGGGACUAUUCAUCAUAGAUGAUGACAAAGGUGCCCAGAUUCUGUCAGAUUUGAAAGGCGGCCUGGAGAAGAACGGAGUCUGUAUAGCUUUUGUGGAAAUGAUCCUGGUCAGCAGGGGUUCAUUUCUCACCACUUCCUGGAAAAAUCAGGUGCAUAUCCUGGAAUCAACGGCAAAUGUGAUUAUUAUUUAUGGGGACACCGAUUCUCUAUUGAGCUUAAUAGUAAAUCUAAAGCAGACGUUACUUAUGUGGAAAGUCUGGGUCCUGAACUCACAAUGGGAUGCUGCUAAAUUUGAUAACUAUUUCCUGUUAGAUGCAUUGCAUGGAGCGCUUAUUUUUUCACACCAUAAUGAGGAGAUUAUUAAUUUCACAGAUUUUAUUAAGACAGCCAAUCCUUCCAAAUACCCAGAAGACAUUUAUCUUCAUAUACUGUGGCAUUCAUUCUUCAAUUGCUCACUUUUGAGGAAAGAUUGUAAAAUUGUGGAUAACUGUCUGCCUAAUGCCUCCUUGGAGUUCUUGCCAGGGAAUAUAUUUGACAUGGCUAUGAGUGAAGAGAGCUACAAUGUGUACAAUGCUGUGUAUGCUGUUGCCCACAGUCUACAUGAGAUGAUGCUCAAUCAAGUACAAUUUCAAACUCAUGAAAAACAAAAAGAGGUGGUUUUCUUCCCCUGGCAGCUUCACCCUUUUCUAAACAAACAAUUCAUCAGCCAUGUUGGAGAACAUGUAGAUAUGGAUUUGAAAAGGAAAUCUCAUGCAGACUAUGACAUUCUCAAUUUUUUGAAUUUCCCAAAAGGUCUUGGGCUCAAUGUGAAAGUAGGAACAUUUUUUCCAAAUGCUCCAGACGGCCAGAAAUUGUCUUUAUCAUCUCACAUGAUACAGUGGUCCACGGGAUUGACAGAG